AAUACUUCCGUAUAGGGACAGAUGGGAGCCGGAAGCGACCGUCAUCCAGCAUACCUGGCGACCGGACUGUAAAAUAUUUAUCCCAAGGUCCGGAAGCAGAGUACACAUGGAUCGGCCAGCAAGAGGGAUUUGGUUCAAGUCUUUUCCGACUGGCAUUACCAACAAGCGGGCAUCAUCAUGGAGCAACACUUCUCGGCUUCUUUCUCGACCGAACCCGAAACACCAACGCAGGACUAUUUGGCCAAGCCCAGCGGUACGUGUUGUCUCGAGGGCACGAUCCAUCAGGGAGAGCCGCGCGGCAGGUGGGAGACCAUCGCAGACGUCGAAACGUACGUCUCCACUCCACCUCCGGGUAAGGAGAAUGGACACGUCCUGCUCUACUUCCCUGACGUCUGGGGCAUGUUCCUCAACGGACUACUGGUGAUGGACGCCUUUGCGGACACCGGAUAUCUCGUCCUCGGCCUAGACUACUUUCGAGGGGACCCCGUCUGGAAGCACCGAAAGGACCGCCACGACAACACCACCGACCCCAACUUCGACUACGAGACGUGGAAGCGCAAGCACACCGCCUUCGCAGAUGAGGCCGUCCCGAAAUGGGUCCAGGCCGUCUCAGCUCGCUACAAGGGCGACGGCGUCAAGUUCGCCUGCGUGGGGUAUUGCUUCGGCGCGCCUUAUGUAUGCGCGGAGCUUGCCAGAGACACCGUCGCCAUCGGCGCCUUUGCGCACCCCGCGUUCCUCAAGGAGCAUCACUUUGAGAACAUCAAAAAACCGCUGCUUCUAUCUUGCUCCGAGACGGACCAUACGUUCGACUUGUCGUCACGGAGGCGGGCGCUCGACAUACUGCAGCAAGGCGGCAAGACGUAUCACUACCAGCUGUUUAGCGGCGUCAGCCACGGAUUUGCCUUGCGAGGAGAUCCCAGCGAUCCGUAUCAACGUUGGGUUAAAGAGCAAAGCCUCGAGGGUAUCAUCAGGUGGUUCGAUUACUGGCUGGCUCAGUGACAUUCACGUCGCUGUUUUGUGGACUCAGGUUGAGGAUUAAAGCAUGCCGGAGGUGUAGGUACCCAACUUGGUACAUAUAUAAGACACUGCGAACCUUGUUCUGUUAUCUCUACCCAUUAGACCAAUGACAU